GGCAACCGGCAACCAGUAAUACACACUUAUUUAAAGGUUAGGUUAGAAAGUUACUGUAAAUCAGCUGUAAAUUAUUUACUUCACAAACGGGAAAAUAUCACCAAAAAAAUUGCAAAAUAUUUAAUUCGUACAGUUCUACUAUUAAUAGAGCUAUCAACCAAUAUCAAGUUUAGAUAUUUCGAACGUCUUCUAUUAUUAUCCAUAUAUAGAAAGCUGCCUGUGAUUCCCUUCAGUUUCACCAUUUUUAGUAGUUUGGAUGAAAAAAGUACAAGAAAAUAACUUACUACACGAAAUUUAUACUGAAAAUGAAGAAAAUGUGUUUGGUAUGCUGUAUUUACACAACAGUUGUAUUGCUUUUAGUAGCUCUUUUAAAUUUUGUAAUAGUCCCAGUUAUCUUCAAAUUUAGCUUAGGUUUUCAACAAAGCUUUAUUUUCCCUACUUUUGUUAUAGAACCUAAAAACUAUACAAACCCUGAAAACUAUGGUAUUAAUGGUGUUAGAAACAUGUAUAUUACUGUACCCUAUCCUACCUCUGAAAAUAUAACAUUAGGAAUAUGGCAAGUGUUGCCUAAGGAAAUGGUUAGUGAUAUUGUUAACAAUGAUGAAUAUAAUUAUGAUGGUAUCAUAGCUAAUGGAAAAACUCAUAUUUUGAUAUAUCUGCAUGGAAAUGGAUCUGAUCGUACCAAAUCUAUAGAAUUAUAUAAAAUUUUGCGAGAGAUUUUCCAUAUAUUUGCUAUUGAUUAUAGAGGUUAUGCAGAUUCAACAUUAGGAGAGUUAACGGAAAAUAAUAUAGUGAGCGAUAUUGCUUACAUUUAUAAAUGGUUGAGGAAGAGAAGCAAAUCAAAAAUGUUUAUUUGGGGUCAUUCUUUAGGUAGUGGAGUAGCUACUUUGCUAGCUUCACGUUUAAAAAAGGAAAACUUAACAUCUACCGGAGUUGUCCUAGAAACUCCUUUUACCUCAGUAACUGAUGUAAUGAAAUCUAAUUAUAUAGUGCAGUUUUACUCUUUUCUUCCUUGGUUUGAUGCAACAAUUUUGAAACCAAUACGAGAUAAUGGCAUGGAUUUUAAUUCUAAACUCUACAUCUCAGAUGUUGAUAGUCCUAUAAUGAUACUUCACGCUAAAGAUGACGAUAUUAUUCCCUACAGUAUUGCUACAGAAUUAUAUUAUACAGCUUUGAAUAAUAGGAAUUCAACGUUUCAAGGAAAUGUUACUUACUACUUAUACGAAGAGCAUGGCUAUGGUCAUUUGUUCAUAUAUUUAGUACCUCACCUAUUAAACCAUGUCAAAAUAUUUGUUGACGAAUGUUUGCAAUUUGAGCAGUCUAUUAGUAUUAAAAACAGAUCUGUGAUAUAAUUAACCUUCAUGGUUUAUAAUUUAUACUGAUACAUAUUUUUUACAUUCAAUUUUGAUGACUAUCUUAUACAAUAUAAUUUUAAAAUGUG